GAGCAGAAACAGCGUUGGCAGCAUGGCAUCCUCACAGCAGAAGGCAGUGUAUUGGCUGGGAAAUGACACCCUGAGGGUGUCAGCGGCUCUGUUUGCGCUGAACCGCGAGCGUCUGUGUGUGGGUCUGAAAGCGCUGCCGGAUCUUCAGGCUGGAUCUGUGGUGGUUCUGCAGGGAGGAGAACAGAAGCAGAGAUACUGCACCGACACCGACGAGACCUUCAGACAGGAGUCAUUUUUCCACUGGAGUUUUGGUGUGACGGAGGCCGACUGUUAUGGCGCCAUCGACGUCGACUCUAAGAAAUCUCUCCUGUUUGUGCCCAAACUGCCGGAGAGCUACGCCACAUGGAUGGGCGAGAUUUUUCCACCUGGACACUUCAAGGAGAAAUACGCUGUAGACGAGGUGCAUUUCACCACUGACAUCGCUGAUGUCCUGGCUAAGAUGAAGCCAAGUGUGCUGCUCACAUUGCGAGGGCUGAACACUGAUAGCGGCAGCACCUGUCGUGAAGCCUCCUUUGAAGGCAUCAGUCGGUUUGAGGUGAAUAACUCGCUGCUGCACCCUGUGAUUGUGGAAUGUCGUCUGCUAAAGACCGACAUGGAGCUGGAAGUUCUGCGCUACACAAACCGCAUUUCCAGCGAAGCCCAUAAAGAGGUGAUGAGACGUGUGAAGCCGGGCCUGAAGGAGUAUGAGAUGGAGAGUCUGUUCCAGCAUUACUGUUACUCUCGUGGAGGGAUGCGGCACACCUCAUACACCUGCAUCUGCGGAAGUGGGAACAACUCCUCCAUCCUGCAUUACGGACACGCCGGAGCUCCCAAUGACAAAACCAUCCAGGACGGAGACAUGUGUCUGUUUGACAUGGGCGGUGAAUAUUACUGCUACUCCUCCGACAUCACCUGCUCUUUCCCAGCUAAUGGCAAGUUCACCGCCGACCAGAGAGCCAUUUAUGAAGCCGUGCUGAAGUCCUCCAGAGCCGUAAUGGCCGCCAUCAAGCCAGGGGUGAAGUGGACAGACAUGCACCGUCUGGCUGACCGGGUCCACCUGGAGGAGCUGCUGAAGAUAGGGAUCCUGCAUGGAGACGUGGAGGAGAUGCUGAAGGUUCAUCUGGGCUCAGUGUUCAUGCCGCACGGUCUGGGGCAUCUGCUGGGCAUCGACGUCCACGAUGUGGGAGGAUAUCCAGAGGGUGUGGAGCGUGUGGAUGAGCCGGGUCUGAAGAGUCUCCGCAUGGGUCGUGUGGUGCAGGAGAGGAUGGUCCUGACGGUGGAGCCGGGAAUCUACUUCAUCAAUCACCUGCUGGAUAAAGCGCUCGCAUCUCCUGCUCAGUGCGGCUUCAUCAACACUGCAGUGCUGACACGCUUCCGAGGCUUCGGCGGGGUACGCAUUGAGGAUGAUAUCGCGGUGACGGCUGACGGUGUGGAGCUGCUGACCUGCGUUCCUCGAACCGUGGAAGAAAUCGAGGCCUUCAUGGCGGAGGAAACGUCCAAACCCUUCAGUCCAAUCAGCAGCCAGAAACUCUGAAGAUCACCAUUAUCAUCACGCACACACAUUUCUGCAGCAGCAUAUCAGACUAAAAACAACUGUCUCUGAUUAUUUCACACUAUAAAGGGAAAAUCGAGUCACAUGAUGGCUGGCUCUCUAAUGGAAAUCAGUAUUGCGAAUCAAUUAUAUGCUUUGAUAAACUAUCAGACAUUUAACAUUGUGCUAAAGAAGAGAAAAAACAAGGAAACAGCAAAUUUGUAAUAUUUAGCAUUUAUUCUGUAUCCUUUUAGCAAGUUUGAAAGACAAUGCUAUGCUUUUUUUAAUAAACAUCAGAUUUUCUAGCAUCA